UUUCUUUUUUUUUUGAACAAUUAACUGCCAUCAGAUUCUCUGAUCAUUUCCUCCAUUUUAUACGGUGAAAAACCAAACAUCCAUUAUCCCAUUCCAAAAAAAAAAAAAAAAUCAGAGACUUGUUCCGGAUACAUCAAACAUUCAAACGUGAUAUGGAGAGAUCUAAGAUCAUCUCUGCAGCUCCAUCAUAAGAGCAAAGUCCUCCCGCAGCUCCGAGGAGGAAGACGACGCCGUUCCGGAGCCAAAGGACGGUGGGUCGGAGUGGGAAACGGCGGAGCGGUCCUUCUUAGAGCGGAAGAGGCGUUUGGGGCUGAGGCUGUUGAUUUUCAUAAGCUUCAUGGCUGAAGAUGAAGAUAAAGAUGAUGAGAAGAAGCAGAAGCAGGAGGCAAGCAGGUUGGUGAUGAAAGAGAGAAAGAGAGAAGAAGAAGGGGGGAGAAUGGCAAUGGGAAGGAGAGAGGAUCAGAGGAAGGGGAGAGGGUGAGUUAGAGUCGGGUUAGAGGCUGGUUAGGGAGGAGACACAAAUGCCACAUGUCAACAUUUGAUAGAGAGACAGGGAAGGGGAUAGGAAAAUGGAGACAGAAGAUUUGAAGCCCUUUCGACCCAGCUUGUUCCCCCCUGUUUUUCAACUCCCAUAUCAUUCACUCCUCACCCUUACCCCGUUUCCAUAUAUGGGAAUCCACUUUUCGACCUUUUCUAGUUUUUCCCUCUAUGCCCCCCCCCCCCCCUGUCUUACUGAUAGGAAAUCUAGGGAAAUCUAGAUGGUCUGGUUGGGGUAAGGCCACGCAAUCCACGUUGUAGAUCGAUGAGGUGUUGUUGAUCCCAAUGCAAUAGGAUCAAUCUUCUUAAUUCUAGUGAAAUUUGGACAUGUUUUGCUGCUAUUUGAUCCGGAUUUAUAUGAUUUGAAGCAUAUAGAUAUAUUGUUGCUGCUAGCUUCCAUUUGCAACAAGAAACAAAUGGAUGGACUUAAUUUGUACACAAGUGCAGAUGGUGUCUUUAUUCAUCAUUUUCAUGGGGCAACCUAACUCUCUUGUUUUCUCAUACACGUACGUCACAAAAAUCUGGUACUUUUACAUAUCCACAUUAUUACAUUAAAUUUUAGGUGUUUGUGAUAAAGAAGAGUAUCACUUUCCUAGGAAAUUUGUACACCAGAUUUUGUGGUUGAAGGUUCUCCUUGUGUUUCUGAAAACACACUAUUCGAAAACACACUACUGACAUAUGUUGUUGAAAAUGCAAUACCAUUUAUCAAUAGCUACCAAAGUUCUCCUCCUCUUUCUCUUUUCUGCGAACUUCAAUUGUUCUAACACUCAGUCAUGGAUCAAAGCCGGUUACCAUCGCGCCGGUGAUUUCCCUGUUUCUGACAUAGAUUCCACAUUGUUCACUCACCUUAUAUGUGGUUUUGCCUAUAUAAACUCUUCCACUUACCAGCUGUCAAUCAACUCCUCCACCCAACAAGAAUUCUCCACUUUCACAAAUGUUGUCAAUCGCAAAAACCCAAAAGUCUCAACCUUGCUAUCCAUCAAGGGUGGCAGAAAAGACUAUUCAGUGUUGUUUUCUCUGCUGAACCAGUCUUCUCACCGGAGAUCUUUCAUUGAAUCUUCAAUAACGACAGCUAGACUUUAUAAGUUUGAUGGGCUAGACCUUUCUGGGGCUGUGCCAAGAACAAGCAUGCACACCACAUCUUUGGGAACAUUUCUAAAUGAGUGGCGUGCUGCGGUGGAUUCUGAAGCAGGAAAGUCAGGAAAGUCAGGUUUGCUCUUGACAAUGGCACUUUAUCAUCAUAUGCAGGUAAUGGACACCGUGACUGAUCCGAUUGACUCAAUUAGGAAGAACUUGAAUUGGGUUCAUCUUGUGGCAUAUGAUUACUAUCUUCCUAAAGAGGAAAACUUCACACACCCUCAUGCUGCUUUAUAUGACCCAAUAUCAAAUGGGACUAACACGAAUAGUCGUGUUAAGGACUUGAUAAGCAGAGGACUACCGGCUAGCAAGCUGGUUUUAGGCUUGCCUUACCAUGGUUAUGGUUGGACUCUUGUGAAUCCCAAUGACUAUAAUGUUGGUGCAGCGGCAUCAGGUCCUUCGUUUGCCAAAGACGGGUCCAUAUCCUAUAAGUUAAUCAAAUGGUACAUUAAGCAGAAAUAUGGAUCUCGUGCCGUUCCUAUGUACAAUGACACUUUUGUGGUGAAUUACUGCACAAUUUGGUCAAGCUGGAUUGAUUUUGAUGAUGUAGAGGCUAUCAGCGCGAAAGUUUCUUAUGCUAAGAAGAUGGGGCUUCUUGGCUACAAUGUGUUUCAAGUUGGCAAUGAUGACAAUUGGGUGCUCUCUAGGGCAGCAGCUCAAGAGGAAGGAGGUCAACAGAAGAAGAAACGGUUACUGGUGAUUGUUCUGGUCACAAUUGCUAUGAUUAUUGUCCUACUGGGAACAAUGAUGUGUUACCAAAAAAGGAGAGUACUCGAGUCAAUUGAGAUUAAAGACAAUAUCAAAAGAUCAAUUUACAGGCUAUUGAAUAUAGUUCCUAGUACAGACAAUUUUGACAUCAAUGCUCCUAAUCUGCAAGUAUUCAGUUAUACAACCAUCAAAGCGGCUACAAAUAACUUUUUGAGUCAGAAUAAGCUUGGAGAGGGUGGCUUUGGACCUGUAUACAAGGGUACACUAAGGAAGGGUCAGCAAAUAGCAGUUAAAAGACUUUCGAAAACUUCAAACCAAGGCCUUGAAGAGUUUCAAAAUGAGGUUACGCUUACUGCAACACUGCACCAUGUGAAUCUGGUUAGAGUUCUGGGAUAUUGCACCAAGAGGGAAGAAAAGAUGCUGAUAUAUGAGUACAUGCCAAACAAAAGCUUGGAUCACUACCUCUUUGAUCCAAGUAAUUGUAAUCUUUUGGAUUGGGAGCAACGUGUCCACAUCAUUGAAGGGGUAAUUCAAGGGCUUCUAUAUCUCCAAGAAUACUCAAACUCUACAAUAAUUCACCGUGAUCUGAAAGCAAGCAACAUUCUGUUAGAUGAUGAGAUGAACCCAAAAAUAUCAGAUUUUGGUCUAGCCAGAGCUUUCAGAAAGAAUGAACAUGAGGCAAAUACUGGUCGCAUUGUAGGAACAUAUGGCUAUGUUCCCCCUGAAUAUGUAAGAAGAGGCAUUUAUUCAAUGAAAUACGACGUUUACAGCUUCGGUGUUCUGCUUCUGCAAAUCAUAAGUGGCAAGAGAAGUUCAUGUUUGUAUGGCUUAGAUGAAAAUUUAAACAUUCUAGAACACGCAUAUGAAUUGUGGAAAGAAGGCCGAGGCAUGGAUUUCAUAGAUCCAACCCUUGAUGAUUCGACUUCGUCUUGCAAGCUCUUAAGAUGCAUGGUGGUAGCCUUAUUAUGUGUCCAAGAAAAUCCAGUAGAUAGACCAUCCAUGCUGGAGGUUUCUUCGAUGCUCAAGAGCGAAAGUGCAAUCGUCAUUAGUCCUAAAAAGCCUGCUUUCUCAGUUAAGAAGGAUGAAGAUGAGGAUCAUAUGUACAAAGAAAUCUAUUCAGUCAAUGAUGCAACAAUGUCCGAAAUUGUGCCCCGAUGACAAUUCUUUCUGAAACAUAACAUGUAAAGGUAUCUGUAUAGUAAUUUCUUCUGUUACAAUGUUACAUCUAUAACUGAUUUCCUUGUUUAACAUC